UUAUUUUUUCUUUUUUUUUUCCCCUUUAUUUUUUUUUUCUUUUUAUCCAAUGUCAGAAAAUAAAAUCACACAUCCAGAGUGGGGUGUUAUGAAAGAACAAGAAUUUCAUCCAUUAACUUUAAAGCAUCAAAAAGACCUUGAAAAUUCAUAUCAAGCUGGAGAUCUUUUUACUGAUUUUUAUUUUUGGCAAGCUAAUUUAGGUGGAUAUUGUAUGGCAGAUAUGAAACAAAAUGUCGUUGUGUCUUCUGAAAGUGCGUUCCCAUUAGUUAGACGUAUAGUCGAUGGUGCUCCACAUCCAGGUAGAAGAAAGAAAAAGAAGAAUUAAAUAGUUGACAAAUCUGGUUAUUCGUCAUUAUAUAAAUAUAUCUAUAUCUAUAUAUUAUGUGCUAUUGUGAUGAUAGUAGUUAUUAUUACUUGAAAGAAUAAAAAAGAAGAAAAAGAAAAUACUACUACUACUACUACUACUACUACCCUUUAGACUUAUCUUAAAUCAUAGUAGCUGUUCACAAUGAUCGUCAC